AUUUGACUAGAAUUGCAUAAUUUAUUGUACAGCAUUUUAUCUUAGACAUUUAAAUUUCUCGAGAAAAAUAAAUUAAUGAGUAAAUAAAUAUGAAACAUAGUAAAAUGAAACGUCUUGGCAUUAAAUUGUUUGUCGUAAGACGCGAACCAAGACGAGAUGGUGAUCGUCAACUUACAGUGAAUGAGAGGAGGGAGGUGGAAAGCCGAAAAUUUUUGGUUCUUGCAUCCGUUUGGAAGAGUGUUGUUGUCUAUGACGUAAGCUGUGUAUGCCUUUUUGGUUCUUUUGUGUGUCUGAACGCGAUAUCAGUGCCUUGGAUUACAUCUGUGAGUUGACUGUUUUAUGGAGUGACAAUUUUGAAAAGAUGGCAGAUGCUAAUUCUAUUACUUUUGGAAUUUUAACAGUAAGCGAUAGAUGCUUCCAGGGUCUAGCUGAAGAUAAGAGUGGGCCCAAUCUUGGUAAAUUAGUUGAGGCACUAGUCCCUGGAGCUAGAGUGGUGAAGAGGUCUUGUGUUCCUGAUGAAGAAGAUGAAAUUGUUCGUGUGCUGGAGACCUGGGUUGACGCGGAUAACCUGGAUGUGGUGGUGACGACUGGAGGAACUGGUUUUUCACCCCGCGAUGUCACCCCUGAGGCCACCCUGAGAGUAGUUAAUCGCUUGGCCCCUGGACUCUCGGUGGCAAUGACUCAACGUUCUCUGGAUAUAACUCCACUUGCCAUGCUGUCCAGAGCAGUGUGUGGACUUCGCGGGGGUUCGUUGAUCAUCAAUCUUCCAGGUAGCACCAAAGGCUCCCAGGAGUGUUUUGAAGCUGUUGCUAUGGCAGUGCCCCACGCGGUUGCACUAGCCAGAAACCGUCAGAUGGCCCAUGCAGCUCACUCAGCACAUUCCCCUGCGCAUAAAGCUGACUCCCGGCUCACACAGUAUCCACCAGGGCACAGACAUUCUUGCGGACGGCAGCAUACUGCUACGCACACUCAUGUGCAUACAUGUGGUCACCGGGCGGAUGGAGAUGGCGAGGUGGACCCAGAUUUAGUGGCUCGUCGCCUACGAGAGUCUCCAUUUCCAAUGCUUCCAGUCCCAGACGCUCAGCAGCUCAUGUUGGCUGAGGCAAUUGUCUUGAGCACUGAGACAGUGCCAGUGGCGCAGGCCCUAGGUCGUGUGCUGGCGCAAACUGCACAUGCCAGGGAGUCAUUGCCUCCAUUUCCUGCCUCGCUGAAAGAUGGCUAUGCAGUGGUGGCAGCGGAUGGUUCUGGCCCGAGGCUGGUGGUGGCUGCAGCUGCCGCUGGGCAUGAAGAUCCAGAGUUGUGCAUCCAGCCAGGACAGUGUGCGAGGAUCAAUACUGGUGCAGCUUUGCCAGCUGGUGCAGAUGCAGUUGUGCAGGUGGAAGACACUCGGUUACUUAAGGAGGCGGAUGGUGGUCGAACUGAAGUGGAAAUUGAAAUUCUCACAAAACCUACAAGGGGGCUGGAUGUCAGGCCCCUUGGCAGCGACAUCGUUGUUGGCCAGACUGUGCUUCACAAGGGCACAGUUCUGGGGCCGGCAGAGAUUGGACUGGUGUGUGCUGUGGGACUAUCUGAAGUCAUGGUUCAUCGUCAACCUCGGGUGGCAGUGCUGUCCACAGGAGAUGAACUUCAGGAUGCUGCGCAACCAUUAGCUCCUGGCCGCAUAAGGGACACAAACAGACCCACUCUUCAGGCACUGCUGGCCCAAAAUGGAUUUGCCACCUUGGAUAUGGGCAUUGCACGUGAUAACCGAGAAUCCAUGCUCACUAAUCUGCAAGAAGCACUGCGACAAGCCGAAGUUGUAGUGACAUCAGGAAGUGUGUCAAUGGGUGAUAGAGACUUCCUUAAACAAGUGCUCACCAAUGAUCUGGGAGCGACUAUACACUUUGGCAGGAUCAACAUGAAGCCAGGGAAACCAACAACGUUUGCUACACUACUUUUUGAAGGUCAGAAGCGCUUUGUCUUGGGACUGCCUGGAAAUCCAGUGUCUGCUACAGUGACGGGGCAUCUCUUCCUUAUCCCACUUCUGAAGCAGCUGGCAGGGCAUCGCAACCCUUUGCCGACUGUCGUGAAGGCCACGAUUGAAGGUGACUACCCACUUGAUCCAAGGCCAGAAUAUCAUCGUGUAAUGCUCACUUGGUCAUCAGACAAAUUGCUGCCAGUUGCUAAGAGCACAGGAAGCCAGGCUAGUAGUCGUCUAUUGAGCAUGGCUAGUUCCAACGCAUUGCUCGUUCUCCCUGCCGUAUCAGAGACGUGCAAAGUUCUGCGCUCUGGCUCCACGGUGGAUGCGUUGCUCCUGGCCGUACGGUAGAAAGAACACAUGGAAAUGGAUUAUCUGCAGGAGUUAAAACACUACCAUGAAUUUCUUGGAAAAUAGAGUGGUUCAUGGAGCUCAGAAGUAAUUGUGUACGCUUAUAUUGCAGUGUCAGAUGUGUUGGUUGUCUAUAAACUAGUAUAUAAGAUAAAUGUAUUGCCAGUCAUGUACCAAAGUAUUCAUUUUGUUUCUUUACAAGGUGUACAUUAAUCUUAUUAUUGCACAUGUACAAUUUCAGAGGGAUGGUUGUGAUACAAUGGUUGGGGAAAUAUAAAACAUAUUAUAUUUUAAUUUACAUCUGUAGUGUUCAUUUUGAAAACACUUCAAGUUGCCAAGUUUAUUUGUAUGCAUUUUUUAUUGUUUUCUUCCUAAAAGUCCCCUCCUCUGAAGGUUUAUUUCAUUUUCCAUAAUAAUCCAAUAUAUUGGAAAAGUAAAUCCAAGUGAAGAUUUCUGUUUUAGCAAAAGAAGGAAGGAGAGAGCAGAAUAAGUUACAGGACUUUGAAACAAAGUAUUCUCAAAUAUUUAACAUUAGUAAAGUAUUGAAAGAUUUUUUUUUUUUCCUUCCUCUUUUCUUCUCAGUUUUCUUGUUCAUCUUCAUCUUUUUGGUACACUUUAUCUUCAUUCAGUGGGCAAGAGUCAUUUUGUGGUUUCAGGUACUUUCAACAUCUUGUUACUUAUUACACUUCUCGUUAAAAAAACGACUGAGGCAUGUGAACAUGUAAAUAGUGAAAUUAUCAAUCAUUUUUCAUUAUGUUGGAGAACCAAAGAACCUCUUGGACACCAUAUGUUUCUCUCACAAUAAGCAUAACAUCCUCAUUUCCCACAUAUUUGCACACCUGGCAUUGAAAGAAAAGCUUAGAAAAUGUAGAGCCAUUAAAACUUAGAAUAGGUUUCCUAUUGGACAAAAUCUUGUUUAGUUCCUUCUACCUUGCAAUUCACUAGAUUUAGUUUGAAAAAAUGUGACAAGAUGGGCACUACUAGGAAAACAAGGCCUCUUUGGCUGCUCACAGUGGACACAUGGGGACAUGAUGAUCCAAAUAGUGCUGAACUCAUUUGUACAUUAUUCAUGGUGAACAUAAUCGGAGAACUAAAUGUGAUAACAAUUUUUCAUUAUACUGAACCGUUGCAUCUAUAAACAAUGCACUUGAACAAAAAUGGAAAACAUUUUACUUUAAAAAAACUUAACAUCUGAUAUCCAUUAUGAAUUGUACCAGCAUCUGUCGAUCAUGAAAGGUCAAAACAAACAAUUUGUAGAUAAACACAAUGUAUGAAUGCUCUUAUUCAAAGCAAAGAUAUUUCUUAUUUAUAUGAAUUUUUCAAACAAGAUAGUGGUAUAACAAAAAUGAUUGAACAUCAUGACUCUGGUAACAAAUUGGUUAUUGUUUUGGUUAACAAAUUUCAACUGCUUCUGUUAUUUGCUUUGUAUCAGCAUAAUGAUAUUAAUAUCUAAUUACUAACAAAAUAAAUUCAUACAAUUUGAAAUUAUAUUAAAUCAUAUUUAUAAACCAAUUUAAAAAAUAUUGCUUGGUGUACUGAAUUAAAUUUUUGUGAGGGUAUAUUUUGAAUUUUUUUAGAACAAUCAUUGUACAUCGUAAAAAUGUGAAAACUCGGUGAUCUGUUAAUAAUCACCAUAACAUUGUCUUAACACAUCAGCUUCAACCGAUAUUUUUCAGGACUUGAUAGUAAAGAUAAAGAACUGUUACUUUCCACACCUAAAGGUAACAUUCUCAGCGCUCAUGAGCACUUGUUGCAACGAGCAUGCAGUGCAGGUGGAGCUUAAUCCGGGCAGACCAAGUCCGACCACAUCUUCACGUGGAGCACCUCGUCAGCAUGCAUCUCAUUUGGUUAAAAAAAAAAUAUGCCAUAUUUUUUAAAAACCUUUCUUAUAGAUUCAUUGAAGUUGAGAAUAAGUUUUAAAAAAAUUGGUUUAAUAAUAAAAAAUUUUGCAAAAUAAGUGUAAGAAAAUAAGUAAAAUAUGUAAAGAAAAAUUUGGAAAUGGUUCGUUAGGAUUGCCAUUAUUCGCCAAGAUCACAAUUUUGUGAUAUGAAUAUGCAAAGACAAACAAUAUGUUACAUAAAAAUCCAGACUUAUAAAUAAGUAGAGAGAGAGAGCUUGUAUAAUUGUUUUAAAAGUUGUGUAUGUGCAAUGCAGAUAUGAAAAUUAUUACAGAUUACCUGUAAGGAAUACGGAAUAUUGGCAAUUCUGGAAUUACAGAUUGGCACUAUUAUGGUCAAAGAGAACUAUUAUGGCAUGUUCUUUUAAUUUUAGUCCAAUAUUUGUAGUGAUAAACAUUCUCAAACCUUAUCAAAGUACAAUUGCCCAUGCAGAAAAAAAAAAAAGAAAAGACAACAUCUUCAUGAAUUAACCAAAAAUUAGGUUUUACGAUGUGUUUCUAGUGGUUUACCUCAGUGUUCUUGGUAGCGAUUUGUUUUCUAAGUGUUCCUGCUGAUGCCAUUUCUCUUGUGAACUCAUAUUAUCUCUGUUCCCUCUUGGU